CAAUUGGAAUGCUGCCAUCCUCAAUGUGAAGUAAGCUUAGUCGAUCAUGUGCAGCGUUUUGUGCAAGCAUCUGGUUGCAUCCAGCUCAUGGUACGCCAACUCGGUCCUGAUGACCCGAUUCCUAUAGUGGAAAAAUCAUAUUCUGUGGAAUCUGUUAACGAAGAUGCCAAACGUGAUGCUCUCAUAACUUGGGUCUCCUGUCUGACCUGCCGAUCGCGGUCUCCAUUUACUCUUGUUUCUCGAGAAAUGUGGCAUCUCUCUUUUUUUAAAUAUCUUGACACUCUGCUCAACACACCGGCUUCCUGGACCUGCCGUAAUACGGUGCCGCCCUUAUGCAAGCAUUCUGCCAAUAAAGGAUUGCAUCACUGCUUCGCCUUAAAUAAAAGGAUCGUAAUUUUUACGACCGGCAUCUGCUAA